AUGGAGGCCAGGCUGCAACACCUGGUGUGGCCAAACAUCAGUGCCUCAAAAGAUGUCCCCUGGGUCCAGCUGGCAGCCUUGGGGCUCCCUGAAUGGCAACAGAGGACAGGGAGAAGAUGGAAGGCCGGGGCGCAGGAGAGAGCUGUCCCCACUUCCCCAAAUCGCUGCAAGGAGAGCCUGUGCCUGAAGGGAAGCCAAGGGCCUCUGUGGAGGCUGAGUCCCUGAAGCCCGGCUCCUCCUAUGACCACCUGGAGGAGAUGGAAAUUUGCGAGGACGCAGGCUGCCCAGGGCAGCCCAAGGCUGGCCCCACCACCAAAGGCCAGGCGGGCGAUGGACCUGAAGCAGUGGAGCUGGCCCCUACCUCUGCUCCUGCCCCAGGGGUGGAGUCCAAGGCCGAGGUAGAGCUGGAGAAGAUGCGCAUGGAGUUUGAGCUGACGCGGCUCAAGUACCUGCACGCAGAGAAUGAACGACAGCGGCAGCAUCAGCAGGCCAUGGAGAGGCUGCAGCAGCAGGUGGCCGUGCGCCAGGUGUGGACACCCACCUGCCCGAGGGCAGACGCAGGGAAGGACAGAGCAGAACUGAACCCAGCUCAGUCUGGCAGCAGCCCUGGUGUUGCCAGCUCCACUGUCUUCUUUCCCCCACAGUUCCAGGGAGGCCUCCAGGACCUCCUCCUCCCUCAGAACCAGUUUGCCAUGUUCCUGUACUGCUUCAUCUUUAUACAUACAAUCUAUGUCACCAAGGAGAUGGUCUUCUUUCUCUUCUCCAAGCACUACCUGUUCUGUAUUGCCGCCAUCUUGCUCUGUUUGAUUAAAACACUGUGGUCUUACUUCCAGCUCUUUGUUUUCUCUACCCUGGGAACCACCAUGCCAGUGGUAUUGGGGGUACGAUCCAAGCCAGUCCCAGCCCUCCCAGCUCCUGUACAUUGUACCUCCCUUCUGUUAGAACCUGCUCUCAAAGAGGGCUCUGCUGCCAGCCAAUGACAUCUGAGUGUGAAG